UAAGCCAGAGGCGUCCAGAUUGCCGCUCAGUUCGAGACUCGACGACGUGUGUAUUAAUAGACACGAUCCCGCUUCUGAGAUUUGACUGAAAAUCGAAAAUGUACAUGCCACGCGACAAGUCUGGCAUUAGUUUGUAACUUUGAGCGUUUGUAUAGCUCUGCGGGAUAUCGCAAAAAAACAAUAUUGGAAAUAAAGUUGUGAGAUGUAAGAGAGGGUAGUUUGUGACGAUGAAUAGUGUGCUGGCGCUCGCUUGUGUGGCCUUUGUGGCCUUUUGCGGCGGCUUAUCGGCCCCUACGUGCGUCUGCGACAGACGAGAGUGCGACGUAGUCAACGAGGUGGAUUGUCCCGGUCUGGGUAUCGUCGUCUGGGACCCUUGCAGAUGUUGUCAGGAAUGCGCGCGCACGGAAGGGGAGCCUUGCGGGGGUGACCUAGGAUUCAGCGGUACCUGCGAGCCUGGGCUGAGUUGUCAACAACCUGGACCGACUCCCAGCGAGGGUACCUGCAGAAGAAUCGUCUUCGAUGGCCAGGAGAAUACGUGAAACUUACUCCACGUGUAAAUAAAAUUAUAUUUUCAAGCCAUCCCUGGGUGAUGGUGGAACCAGCUCUUGGAGAACGCCGUCGCCCCCAAAGAAAAAACUUUCUCUAGUUGUGACCGCGAGUGGUAAACGGUGGACUUUAUUGUUGCGAAGGUAAACCGGCCUUUAAAUCGAUUCUUUUCCCGCUAUUCGUGACCGCUGAUGAUAUUUCGAUGUAUAAAAUUUGUGACAAUACCGAAUAAUUAGCGAAUUAAAAUCAAUGAUAUACAAAUGUAACGUAAAUAAAUGGAGAUGUUUUGUUCCUAAUAAUGAAAC